GCCGGCGCCCGCUUUUCGUCUGUCGAACCCACCCUCGGAUAUUGAGAUGGAACGGUCUUUCCCUUGUCACACACUGUGAAGUUAUGGACUGUGUUUGGGUGAUGUAUUAGUUAAGAAUAUAAUGCUCAUAAUGGGCCCGAUGCAUAGAAUUUUAAUUCUUGAUUAGUUCUUUUAGAUGAGAAAAGCAAUAAAAACGGAAAUGUAUCGUUUGUCACCUAAUUUAUUCUGACAAUCGGUGACUACACGCGGCAUGGAUAAUGUAUCACAAAUGCUGGAGGCCAUCUUAGGAAGAUGAUAUCAAGAUCUGACCUCCAACUAUCACUGGGAAAAUCGCAUAAGCUGCCCAAAUCCUAUGUAGUAGAAUGGAAGUAACAUGGCGCUUGCUAAACCCGCUGAUGAUCCAAUUCAUAUUGAAAGCGGGGUAAAAAUUAAGAAAGAAAAGGAGGAUGAGGAGGAUACUGUUAAAACGAAGAAUCCCUCUGAUGUCAAAAAAUUUAUUGUGAGUGAUCCCCAACUGUCUGGAUUGCAAUCCCGUAACAUUACAAUUACUGUUGCUUCAUCAUCCCAGAAGGAAAAGCCUAUUUCUUCGAUUAAACUAACUCUGCCAACUCCUAAGAAACCAUCGGUUGAUAAUAUUGUUAUUUCCAAACCAUCCUCUCCACCGCCAGCUGAUUAUACAAGCAGGUGCAAGGCAUUUGGUUGGUCUACAGUUGGCUCUAUUAAUCUUCCUUACAUCAUGCGUAGUGAACACAAGUUUGUUGCUGCUCGGAUAUUGGAAGAUAAAGUUAUAAGAGCUGCAAUGAAUAUUCUUCCAGGUCAUCUUUUUAAAUUUGCUCAUGUUGAAAGUUUUUAUAUGACUGAGGCUGAAAUAACUUUGUACAAUGAAAUUAAUGAGUUCCAUUGUGAUUUACAGUUUGGUUACCCAAAGUUUACAUCAAGCGAUGUAGUUGUAAGUUUAGAAGACUGCAUAAGCUAUUAUGAUUUCCUUGAAACCUGUAAGGCAAAGCUUGAUAUUCAAGGAAAUCGUUUAUAUAAUGACCAGUGUGGUUUUUACAGUAUCAGGAAUGAUUGUGUACCAUAUAUUAAAAAGGGAACAAAAAAAUAUAUUCCAUUAAAUGGAGUUCCUGUUGAACUUAUGCCAUCAGUAACACGCAUUGAAAAUGUUACUGAGUGGGAUAUAGCCUAUUUUAGACUUUUAUAUGGAAAAUCGUUGGCAGAUAGUUUGCAAAUACAACAAAUUUGCUGUGUGGAAGAUCUGGAAAAUGCAUUAGGUGGUAUUCGUUUUGAGGAGUUUUGGGCAGACCUUCGUUGCUUACAUGCCUCCCAUUUGCCUUCUUCCAAUGAUAAUCUUUCGAAAUGGGAAGAUUCUGUUAUUCAGUCUCCUGUUGCUGUAGAGAAUGCUAAAAAACUCAGGGAGAAAAUAAGUGAAAUGCAAGAAAAAGAAAGUAUGCUAAGCUCUUUCUUAGGACUUGACAAGUAUCUAAACGUCAAUUCAGCUCUAUCAAGAGCUACUCACCUUACUCAAAGUCCCGAAUUGCAAAAUGGUCUUGGCUCGAUCACGAAUAGUGAUAAAACAAACAUGUUUCCUAUGUCUAUUGAAAAUCUUUUGGUCACUUCAUCUAACUGUAAUUAUCCUUAUUCUAUUAACUAUUCUAAUCAAUACAACAGUCAUUUGCAGCAUCCUUCUGUUUCUGAUUUAGAGAGGUAUAGAAAAUUGGAGGAAAAUAUGCCUUCACUGACUUCUAAUCGACCAAGGCCUUUUCCUCCACCACCUCCCCUUGUUAGAUUGGGAGGAUCUCAUGCUGGAUCUGCUCCUACAGAAAAUGCAGUGGUGCCAAAAACUACACCUUCAAUAUACCCUUACAUACCAACUCCCGCAAAUCCUUGGCUGUCGCGUUUCUUAGAGCCAGAUUGGAUUCGGGAAGAGGAGAGAGUGGUCUUGCAACAGAAAGAUACCCCAGAAAAUUUGUCUAGACGGUACAGUGAGAAUGAUUUGUGGUGUCCAACGUCUUUAUCAUCAUCCAGUGUAAACUUAAAUGGGGCUGGUUCCUCAAAUUUAGUGAGAAGCAAUAGCAACCCUGCUGGUGUAAUCAGAGACGGUUAUGACAUCACCAGCAGCUCAUUGUGCCGUGAUGACAGGAUCUUGCAUCCUCAUGGGGGAAGUCCAAGGCUAUUAGCAGGCCCUGGUCCUCCACCUCACUAUCCUACACCUCCUCAAUCAUCCCCUCUUCAACCCUUAUCGCUUAUGGAUUGUACUCCAGCAACUAUUGUCCCUGAUAUUUAUUCCACACGAAAUACACCAAAUGGUCUUGAUUUGUGUAGUCCCCCUCCAUCACCUGAAAUGCGAACAGCUUUAUCAAGUAGCCCAAGGGGCCCUCUUUUGUCCAGUUAUCCCUACCAUCCUCAUAUCGCUCGUUUAGUGCAAGUGGACACACGCUAUGUGUUAGCAAUUAAUAUUGAACCACUAAAGUAUAGCUCCUUGCUUGCGGUUCCUCUAUCAGAUGUGGUAAAUAAGUUCCUCAGGGGCUCUUCUGUUCAGUCCUGCCAGAUUGUCUUGGAAACUUAUGGGAUACAACUUUAUGAAUGUACAAGCUUACAACAUGAAGCAUUUGCCAAGCAUAAUGUGUCUGUCCCACCAGGUAGCAAGUUAAUUUUAUUAACGGACCUUAAGAACUACAUUCAGCAACUGAAAAUUAUGAUGUUGGAUCGAGAGAAGCAAAAAGAAAUGAAUUGUGACUUUACAACGUCUGAAUCACCCUUAUCCAAGCGGUGGUGCAAUAAUGCUCGAGAAUGCUGAGCAUUCCUGCAUUCCCUCUGACCACUGGCAAAAAAAUGAACUUUUUAUACUGUAAAAAGAAACAAAUCAAACUUCCAAUAUUUAUUUAUUUAUUGUUUUGUUUUGAUCUUCACCUGAGCUAGAAACCAAAAGAACCAGAAUCUCAUUUGUGUUGCUUUGAGUUUCUGUACCUUCUGUUGUAGCAAGUAUUAUUGAACAUCUAUGCAGAGCCAGUGGCAGAUGCGCGUGUGCGAUCCCACCUCAUAUUUUAGAAAAGCCAAUGCGUGCAAAUUUUAAUCUAUUUUUUCAUGUUAUCUAUUAUGUUGGAACUGCAUUUAUUGUAAAUAGAUGUAUUAGUGUUGUUAAUGCAGAAGACAAAAAAAGUAAAUUAAAUAUGUUGUGAUUAA